CGGCCUUCACUGUCGCCUAGCAUAAAGACCGUCUGCUACGCCGCCUGGGUCGAAAAAACCAAUAUCAUUAAUAAAAAUUAAUAAGAAUGGCAGUCUUUUGUCUGAAAGUUGAGGUUAUAAGCUCGAUCAUUUGUUUUGGACGGACAAUCCUGCUGUGGAUACAGUCAUAGAGUUUUACAAAGCCAACCAAGAAAAUGCCCAGGCUGCCAUCAUUCAUUAUCAUGAUUAUGACAAAACAUUUGAGGGAUCCAGACAUAAGCCCCCCAGGACAAACCCCCCCAAUGAAAAAAUGAACAUUUGGACAAUUGCCCCCCAGUAGAAAUGACAGCCUGAAUCAUCUGAUGCCAAAGACUGUUCCUGGCAGCCUAUGACAGAUUUGUGUUCCACAAAUGUUAAUGAAUGUGAUCAAAGGGAGACGAAUCUUAAACAAGCAGCAGAAAGUGUGCAUAGGCUCGUGGAUGCUUUGCCAGCGGCAGGCUGUUUGCUCGAUGUUUUUAUGUGCCUGCAAGAUGACAGAACAAACAGUGACUACGUGCUGCUGCUAGGGGCCCUGCGCAGGCUCAAGGACUGGCACAACGCACGUUUCACCAUUCUGGACCCAGAUGCGAGCCCGCAUUCAGAGUUCCUGCAGAGGUUCCUUGCUGCUGAGGUCAGUCUGGGGGCCAUAGGCUGCACAUCACCAGAGGCUGUAGGCUACACAGCACUAGACAAGGGUUUGCUGUGGCGUGGAAAAGUGUGCGUCUCUGACAAAAUUGAAAACAAAGGAUUUACUGUUCCUGGACUCAGUUUAUACCGGGCUUCGUCUGACACACCUGAUUUGAUGUUUCCAAGCCAGGAGCCUGCGCAAUGUAUGGAUAGAGCACAUUUAGGUCGCACAUUUGAAAUCCUGGAUGAGGUUUUACUGAUGAGCGUACCUUCGUUCUACAGAACACCACACACAUACAAACUAUGCCUAUAUCAGAAGCCAGCAGUGGCGCAAGUGCUCAUGAAUUACAUCCAGGAGAGUGACACAAAGGGUUUGCUGGCCAGACUAGCUGUGUACUCUGGUACUCACAUCGCCUCUUGUGCAGAAGUUGGCCUGUCCACUGAGGCUUGGAAGGAAAACAUCAUGGCUGACAUAGUUUAUGCCCAAGAGCCUGAAGAGGAAUUCCAAGAUGGCUACGAGUUUCUCUACUUCCUUCUUGUUGCCCCUGAUAACCGAACUUCUCCUGAGAACUUUGUAGCAACAGCUUGCUUGCUGCGUCAUCCAUACCAUCUCAGUGGACAUCUAGUUACAAGCAUAUUCCACCAAUGCCUUGUGCCUGUAAAGGGUAAUGAAGUUGUUGGAGAAAAGGGGGACAACUGCUGUGAUCACGAUAACCUGGAUCUGAGUUGCCUCCCUUCGCUCAAUGCAGAAAUGGUGGAGCAUAUUGAGCGAGACGUGCUGCAACUUCAGAGAGUCAAACUGCAGAGUUGGAAAGAUGAAAGACAGGCAAACAAUCAGUCUACAGAGAUGGCAACCAAUGAACUGACAGCAAUACUGGCCAAUGUUAGAACACAAUACCUUGAGCAACUUAGGGCUCGACUACCUACUUCUACCCUCAUGUCUUCCACAGAAAAAGUCUUGAAUCUACAGAAGGAAGUCUAUGAGGCCAGUGAGAAUUCCUAUGAAUGGCCGGAGCGUCUGGUACAGCAGUACAUGGAGAGUCAGAGGCGAUGCCUGUCCCGACUGCCGUCAUCCGAGAGCAUGGCACUCUCUUCACCCCUGCAGCACAACGAAGCUGGCGUAUCCACCGUGGACAUUGACAGCCUACUGCGCUGCUUCCACCCUGACGGAUCAGCCUCCCUGGAACGAAUGUCACCAGUCAGAAGACGAAGAGCCAGUCGUGGUCACAGCAAGGUGUCUGAGCCUCCAGCGGGGGACCGGCCCUCUACAACAUGGCCAGAAUGCAGGGACCUUAACACGCAUGAUAUCUAUUACAACCUGGACAAGAAAGCAGAGAAGAUCAAUACCCAUCUGAACAGAUUUCAAGAAAAAUAUGUGAAAGAUGAGACGCUCAGCUCCUGCCAGUCGCACAUUGUCCUCUUCCCGAAAUCUUCCAAGACAGUUUCAAAGGAUAGUAAAGAGUCUGCUCUACGGAGAUCUCCUCGGAAACAGAAACCAGAAGGCCGUGACCUUAGUGUGGACCCUCCACGCAGACUGUCCAUGGAUCAGUCAGUUGAAAACCUGAAGGGACCAACACAUGCCACAUUACGAGAUAAGGAAAACAAGCGGAGAUACUCCACACCUGUCGCCAUGCCAGUGCCAGGCAAACAGGCAAAACAUUCACGAACAGACUCCAGCAGACGUCAAUCUGUUGCUAGCAGCGUCUUGCCGAGGCAGGUAGAAAAGUUAAGACGCGAGUCAGAUGCUGACACAUCUCUGUCUGGGGUCAAGGGAACAGAGUCCAGAUCUCAGAGACACAAACGGCGCCUACAAGAGAUAGUGGACCGUGUCCUGGCUGACCAUGGUGUGACCCCUGGUGACCUCAUCUUCACUUCCUGCUCCACCCGCCUGUACAAGGUCACCAAGCUCUUUGUUAUGGAUUUACCAAAUUCAAGAAAUCUGAAAGAUGAGAUGAAAAAAAUUGCAGAGGGCCAAGUGGAACAGGUAAUAGCUCUCGACCGCCAGCGGCAAGGGGCGAAGGCAGACAGAUGUUCCAGACGUCGAUAAAAAAAGUAGUUAAACACAAAUGUUUGUUAUGAUUUAUAAAACAGUACUGGCAUUGAUGACGUGUAUGUGUUUAUGUUGUUUCUCUUUGAUAUUAUGUAUAUCAAAUGUAUUGACCAUACAUCAGUAUACUUUUGAUUUGCUGCCUUACUUCUGAUGGGUUCCAAAAAUUAGCAUACCUCCUUAAAUUUACUUAGAAUAUAUCUUUCUAAUGAAUAUGUGCAUUUAAAUGGUAGUACUAAAGGGAAUAUAAACAUGUUUGAAAUCUAAACGUAUGUGCACUAUGGUACUUAUGGUUGUAGUUCUUUGUCAUAUUGAACACAUGUUUUACAUUUGAUAUGAGUGCCCUGACUUGUACUAAAUUAUUUUCUUUAAUAUCAACAGUAUUUUCCUUUCAAACAUUGUUCCAUAUGUAUUUUCAAUCUUAUUAAAUGCCCGAUUUUACUAGUGUCAUUUUCAUUUUGAUCUCAUUUUGAUGUGUGCAGUGUUAAAAAUGCGACAAAGUAAUUAAAUUGCUUCAUUUCAAA